UGCCCACGUUUUGUAUGUCUUAGUCCGUCCAUCUCCUGACGUUCAAGUUCGCAGGAACGUCACGUCCGCACUUGAACUUGCAGCUCAGGGGUGCUUCGCCGUACCCCAAUCACUCUCUCUUUGCGAAAAAGUCAUGAAGAGGUCCGCACAGCCCGUAGCGCGCUACGCCUCACCCUCUGUAUGAUCUGCAGUUCAUUUUUUUUUUGUUUGUUUGUUUUUCCUAUUUGGAUGUCAGACGCAUCAAUGAAGAUAUUUCAUUUGGAGUCUACAUUGUAGGAACGGAUUUCCCAAUGUGAACUCAGCUGAAAAGCCGCCACUAAACCAACAUGUCUCGCCGCAAGCAAGGCAAACCCCAGCACUUGAGCAAACGGGAGUUUUCGCCUGAGCCGCUGUCAGGUGUUUUACGAGAAGAGGACUCUCAGGACUCCCCCAGGCUGGGAGUGGCUCAGGGUGAGCCCCUAAAAGGAGACCAGGACCUGCUGACCUGCGGCCAGUGCCACUCCCGCUUCCCCCUGGCUGACAUCCUGCUGUUCAUUGAACACAAACGGAGGCAGUGCCACGGGAGCCUCUGUACGGACAAACCUCUGGACAGGCCACCAUCCGCCCCGCUUGCCUCGCCCCUCUCCACGUCCUCCUCGCACUCGCGGACCCACCAUCAGCACCCGCGCAGAGCGUAUCACCCCGUGGAGGUGGCCGUUCAGGUGUCGCCGCAGGAUGAGGAUUGUUUAUCUGCACCCUUGCAAGGAAUAAUCCCCAAGCAGGAGAAUAUAACAGAUAAAGAUGAGCCCAGCAGUUACACCUGCACCACCUGUAAGCAGCCCUUCACCAGUGCCUGGUUCCUGCUUCAGCAUGCCCAGAACACCCACGGCUUCCGCAUCUAUCUGGAGAGCGAACCUGGCAGCCCCCUCACCCCCCUCGUGGCUGCAGCUCCUGGGAUGGGGGGUGACUGUGCCUCCUCCCGGCCUCCCCUCCAUGCUGUCCACUUGGCUGAUGGCAGUCCUUACAGCCUCCUGAGGAUGCCGGGCUCUGGGUCUGGCCGGGAUUCAGCGUCCACACCGCGUGAGGGCCAUUACCCCCGAACCCCACCACUGUUCAGCCCACCACCACGCCACCACCUCAGCCCCGAUGACCUGGCCCUGGCAACCCACCAUCCCAGCGCCUUUGACAAGGUGAUGAGGCUCAACUCAGUGCCACUAGAAGCCCCUCCGAGCAUGGACUUCUCUAGACGUCUACGUGAGCUGGCUGGGAAUGCCACUGGGGCUUCCCCGCCUCUCUCCCCUAACAGGCCCAGCCCUAUGCAACGGCUGCUACAGCCAUUCCAGCCAGGUUCUAAGCCUCCAUUUUCAGCUACGCCUCCUCUCUCCACCUCUCAGUCACCUUCUGGCUCACGCUCCACCCCCAAUCCUGUAUCCAAUGCGGUCCAACCGGGUACACCUCUCAAGUCAAAGUCUUGUGAGUUCUGCGGAAAGACCUUCAAAUUCCAGAGCAACCUAAUCGUUCACCGGCGUAGCCACACAGGGGAAAAGCCAUUCAAGUGUCAUCUCUGUAACCAUGCCUGCACUCAGGCCAGCAAACUGAAACGACACAUGAAGACGCACUGUCAGAGCAAGUCUUCGGUGCUUAAUGCCAAGUCAGAUGAUGGCCUCUCAACUGCAAGCUCCCCUGAACCUGGUACCAGUGAGCUGAUGAGCAGUGCCACUGAUGCUCUCAAGUCAGUGGUGGCAAAGUUCAAGAGUGAAAACAAUGGCCUGAUGUCUGAAAAUGGAGAAGAGGAGGAGGAAGAUGAAGAGGAGGAGGAAGAGGAGGAAGAAGAGGAGGAGGAAGAAGAGGAAGAAGAAGAGGAGGAAGGGGAGGAGGAGGGAAUUGAGAGAAAGCCUGGAGUCGAAGAAAGACAGGGAAGGAAUGACUAUCGUUUCAGCCUGCGGCUAGAAGGAGCCCGCCACCACCAGAACAGUGAGGCCCUGCACCCACACCGCCGGAGCUUGUCCCGGGAGCCUGGUGAUGACGACUUGGCCAUGGAGUCAGACCGAGCAGAUGGAACCAUCACUACCAUCAAUGGCCUGGGACCUCUAUCCACUGAUAGCCUGUCAAGGAAGCUGCUGGGUGGAGGGGUCAGCCCUGACUCCCUCAGUCCCCUGUCCAAGCGCAUCAAGGUGGAGAAGGACAUUGACCCCCCCACGCCCACAAUCCCAAACACGGAGAACGUCUACUCCCAGUGGCUAGCUGGCUAUGCUGCCUCACGACAACUCAAGGACCCUUUCAUCAACUUUACAGGUGGGGACUCCAGACAAUCGCCCUUCGCCUCCUCAUCUGAGCACUCGUCAGAAAACGGCAGCUUGCGCUUCUCUACUCCACCUGGCGAGCUGGACGGGGAACGGGCCACUUCAGGACGCAGCGGCACCGGCAGUGGGGCCAGCACUCCCCAUGGUGGCAGUGGGAAUGGCAGGCCGUGCUCCAAGGACGGCCGCCGCAGUGACACCUGUGAGUUUUGUGGCAAGGUGUUCAAGAACUGCAGCAACUUGACAGUGCACCGACGCAGUCACACUGGAGAGCGGCCCUACAAGUGUGAGCUGUGCAGCUAUGCGUGCGCCCAGAGCUCAAAGCUCACCCGCCACAUGAAGACCCAUGGACAGAUGGGCAAGGACGUGUACAAAUGUGAAAUCUGCCACAUGCCUUUCAGUGUAUACAGCACUCUGGAGAAACACAUGAAGAAGUGGCACAGCGACCGCCCUCUGGCUAAUGACAUUAAGACUGAGUAGGCAAAGAGCAGUAUGCUGGCAGCUCUCUCUCAACUCCCCUGGCUAAAAAGCGACCCUGGCUAACUAGCCAAUAAGUGAGGGGAAAGGACAACAGGGUUAGACACCAGUACACGGUACAGCCCUGUUAUCAUCCCUGACUGGAAAUAGCUGAAUGCAUGAUCCAUCAUUGGGGCAAUACUAUUGCAUCAAACGCGAAACUUUUUGAGCCUUUCUAUUGUGCAAUAAUUUACACGUUUUGUAUUUUUUGUAACUGGACAGCAUGCUUGGUGUGUUUUGGCUACUUAGAGAGAAAAUUGUCCUUGGCUGGUGGGUUUGGUUGUACAUGUGUUGCUGUUGAUAUUUUUGAUUUCUUCAACAUAAAAAAAGUUAGUUAUGAGAACCCAUGCUGCAUACAGUACAUACUGUUUUACAUAUCUUGUACAGUUUGUGUUCUAACAUAGUGGACAGUGUCAUGUUAUCAAAACAUCAAGACAAGCAGGGUCACACUUAAAACUGAUCUUUGUGAAAGAUUUUCCAUGCAAGAUUGAGAUAAGAGAUAUAUAUAUAUAUAAAUAUAUAUAAAUUGGGCUGCCUAUGGAAUGCUAGGCUCUAGCGCCAUUAAAUAUUUCUUUGACAAACAGCAAUGAAAUUAACAAUAUGGUGUGAAAUGACAACAAAGAGUGCCUUGGAUAUUUUACCUGCAUUAGUUAAUCCUCCUUUUUGCUAUAAGCUUGGAGUUUCAGCUAUAGAAGAUUACAGGACAUUUUUGUGCACAUAUGGAAUAAGCAGGUCCUUGCAUCAAGCACCUGUACGACCCUGUCGUUUUGUGACUUUGAGCAGAGCAUAAGGAGCCAGCGGAAACAAACAAAAAAAAAGAUUAUGUGUAUCUCUGGUAAAUCAUUUAUCUGCCUGACUCAUGUAUAUUGUUAUUCUCUAGAUUAUGAUUCUGUUUACUGGCAUGUUACAUGCUAAAAAGGAGUAGGAGAUUGGUGUGUAGAUUUUUGGUUUAGGCGUUUGUUUUCUGGUACAUGUGUACCAUACUGAGAGGGUAGUCUGACGAGUUGUUUUAACCAACGUAAAGCUCUUAAUUUUCCAGAGUGUUUAUUUUCUUUGAAAAUUAAAAGUUUGCAGGUUUUUUUUGUAAGUAGCACAGAAUUAUGUUUCUUCAGUGUCAGCAAGCAGGCAGUGUAGCCAGCAGCCAUUUGAAGACCACAGAGUGGAUUUUAGUUGUUCUAAGCCAGACAGAUUUUGGGUGGUGGGGGUUUGGGUGGGUGUCGGAGGGUAAGGGCGGGUGAGGGUCAGGGUAGUGGGUGGGGAGUGGGUUGACCAGGUGUCUCUACAAUUCAAAUGUUUAUGUCCUUAUAGUGCUUAUUCUCUUUACUGCAUUAGAUCUUAGAAACCCUUAAGUAAUCUGAAACCUUUUCUUAUUAACUCACAUUGGAAACGAUCUUAAAUGGAAGUCCAAAUCAAAAGUCAAGAAUCUGAAUUUAGUAAAAACGUUUUUUUUUCAACAAAUGACCCCUUCCACACAAAUUUUUAAGAGUAAAAUUUUCAAGUUUUGUGUCCCCUUUCAUUGUUGAUGAUAUAGCACUUGUCACUCUGCCUUGGAUUCUGUAUCUGUCUCUCUAAUCGGAGGUACAGUCGGUUGAGUAUAAAAUGAGGACCGGAUUUCAGAUCUGGGACUACCUACAUGCACUGUUCAAUUUUCCCAGUUUACAGUUGGACGCUCAAGGGAAAACUUGCUCUUCUGACAGAUUAGUGUGGUGUCAUUGCUUUACAUUAAAAAGAAAAAAGAAAAAAAAGAGUUGAACUAGAAACUGUUGCCAGCCAUGUCUCCUCCUGAGAACUAAACAUCAGUUUGACUCUUGGGGGUAUCAAUGCAGGAACCGCCAUAGAAAUAUCCUGCUUCAUACCAACUAUAGAAAUAUACUGCUCAGUACAGAAACAUAAAAAUUCUACAAAUUUGAUUAAAAAAGAUAAGUAAAUUGUGUUGUUGAGUUUUUAAAGUAACACUUCAAUAUCUUUAGGGGAGAACCUUAUUUAAUUUUUUCUUUUUUUUUAUUGUUUAUUGUUGUUUCUCUUUUCUGUCUUGGUGACAUCCGGGACUUGAUCACUAUGUAAUGAAUUGUAAUGAACAUGUCUUUUAUCUUUUUUGCCUUUACUAUACACAAGUCUUCAGGUUGAACAAAAAUUUGCAUUGGGGAGAGAUUUAUGAUAUAUAAAUAUAUAGAGAGAACUUAAAACACAUAGGAAAAUGCACACUCAUGUAAGUUCCUAUGUUCAAAACACAUUUAUGGUCUACUUUUUUCCUGUAUUUAGAAUGGUAUUUGAAAUUAAUGUUCACUUAGUGUAGGCACUAGUAUUUAUGUUGGAGCCUGUAUUUUUAACUGUUUUGCCUGUACUCUUUAAAGGUUUCAAUGUACCCUUUUUUCUGUAGUGAAAAAAAUCCCAACAUGCUGCCACCGUAUAUUUUCUUAAUUUGGCAGGAUAAUAUAGUGUGAAUAAUUUGUAUGCUUGAAAAUAAGUAUGUUUUUGAAAAAGAAAAUGUUGUGGUGUUCCCCAAGGGUGAGAGGUCAUAUAAUGGCCUUUUCAGGCAGUCCCGCUGGAGUGACCACAAUGAGGUAAAAACAGGUGGUUGUACAUAUCUUUUUAGUUUGUUUUAUAUAUUUUUCUCUCCUGCCAUUUUAUAUGCAGUAAUACAAGCUAUUGUUGGGUUUUCUCGGUAGCCAACUUUUUACUGUCCUUGAACAUGUACCACCUGAUAACAUUCCAGCCGUUUUUGAAAAAGACCUUUUGUCAUAUGCAAUCAAUUCAACAUCAAUCUGAAAAGCUUUUUUUUUUGCUACAGUUUUUUUUUUCUUUUAUUGUUAUUUUGAAUUUAGUUUUUGUUUUUCCAUUGCCAAAAGAACCAUGGUGCUUUAUAAUUUAAAUAUGGUACAUCUCAUAUGCAAGGCAUAUUCUAAAUAUAACAGAAAUCAUAGAAAGAAAAAAGUUUGGUACAUGUAAUUGCUGAUGGUAUUGAGGUACAUCUGAGUUUUCAGCCUGAUUUCAUCCUGUGUUUUGUAUUUACUCUCAAGCUAUUUGUUCUGAACUGAACUUGAAGUUGACCUACGGCAUUGGUCGACAUUAUUUAUUAUGACUAUACAUAUACAUGCUCUGUUCAGAACAGAGUCACUGCAAAACAAAUCAGUUCAUUUUUCUCCCUCCUGAUGAAUUGUGAUGGCUUAAUUUCUCUGUUUGAUGACCAAAGGUCAUUGACCAACAUUCAUGAGUUCUUGCUCGACUUACAGAUUUUGUUGUUGUUAUUUUUCAGUUACGGAGAUGCCACUCUAUUUUCAGCUGUUGUCUGCAUUAUUCUCUUCACUCAGCCAUUUUGUCUUGAAAAAAAUAAAAAGUAUUACAUACA